AUGAAACACGCGAUUUUGGUUCUUCUGCUUUUCUGUAAGUUGGUGAUUAUUUGCUCAUAUGCGCCGGUAUAAGUUGGUUUUUUUUAGGUUUAAAUAGUAAGCGCCUACGUAUGACUGCAACCGGCUUCUCACACUGUUCUAAACAAAUUUUUCGUAUUUACUAUCUGCCUUAAAAUUAUGAUGCUGAAUUAUCUUAUGUCCGGAAAUAGCCAGUAAGUUUUCUGUACAGUUUGUUAGACUCUCUUCGUGCUAGUAUUUUUACAUCUCUUGGGUGGCGAGGGAUUAUGAAUAUCCUCAAUGAAAAGAGUCAUUAAUGGAUGGGAAUCAGAUUCUGAUUAAGGGCAACUAACUUAUCAUACUUAUAUUUGUUUAUGUGAGAUCACAAAUGGAUGGUAGGUCAGUCCUUCGAAUUGAUCAAAAUUGCUCGAUGUUCCAUGCUUGUACCAAAGAGAAUACUCACGCAGAACACAAGGGGUGAUUAAUAGGUUUUUAGAAAGAUAUGCAUAAUUUAUCUGGUUGCAUUUGCUGGCGAGCUAUUGUACAACACCAGGAUCACCGAUUCCUUUCUAACUUUACAGACUCACAAAUUUUAAUACCAUUAAAGGUUUUUAGCUUUAGCUGAAUCGGAGGCUGUUAUUUUCCCACCCUUGUGUAGCAUCGGUGACUUGAAAAAGUGCAGCUAAAAUCAGGUUAUGGGAAACCGUUUUUACUCAUAAUUUUAGCGUAUGACUCGUGGCAGUAUGUUUAUCGUACGAAAUUUGAACGCAGUAUUAUUUACUCAGUUUUCGCCAUUGUAUGUGUCUGGCGGCAAAAUAGCAGCAUCAGAACACUGCGACACAAUUAAAAAUGGAAAAGCAACUUAACCACAAUAUUUAGCACAUUACAGUCUCUACAGUAGGUGUGCUAACUCAUGAAAUGUCAACCAACAUUUCGAAAUGCGUUCUCGUUUCGAAAAGAUAAAUAAAGUAGUGUUGUAAAACUAAUCAUACUGCAGCUUAAGCCUAUAAUGAUCCAGUUACCGCAGGGUAUCGGCUUUUGAAAGAACUUAGUUUCGGCUGUAUGCUAGAUCUAUACUCUGCCAAAAAUGACUACUCAAUUAGUGUGCAAUUUUCUCAUUGAUUUUCGAUGCCCCUGAAAAUACAAUUAUAUUUCAUGGAAAACAUGCAUAAAAAUAUUCAUUGUUUUACUUAUUCGGUAGAAAAUCACGUCUUCUUCCAUUGCAUUCAGGGUUUCAAAACUACAAGCUGUUUAUUUUCCGUGCACGGAAAACCAUGCAUUGCUCUAUGGUGUUAAGAGGAGGCCAUAUGAUUUUCAUAAAAUUAGCAGUAGAUUUGAGCAAUAUUGUUAACUUUACAAGCCACAUUCGCAAAUUCAGAUGCAUGACGUUUCAUGAACAGCCAUUUAACGGUAUUAAAAAAUCUCACAAUUAGAAACAUUUUAAAACCAAGUUUUACUCUUUUUUGACUAUGGACUUGGAAGAAGACGUGAUUUUCUACCGAAUAAUUAAAAGAAUGAACACUUUUAUGUAUGUUUUUCAUGAAACAUAAUUGAAUUUUUAAGAGCAGCGAAAAUCAAUGAGAAAAUUGCAUGCUAUUUAAGCGGUCAUUUUUUGCAAAGUAUAGACCUUAAACGCAGCCGAAAAUAAGUUCUUUCGAAAGGCAACACCCUCUCGGUAACUGUGUCAUUAUAGAUUUAUGCUGCAUCAGGAUUAGUUUUACAACAAAACUUAAUUUAUCUUUUCGAAAUGAGAACGCAUUUCCAAAUGUUGGUUGACAUUUCAUGCGUUAGAACAUCUACUGUAAAAUAGACAUACCUCCGGAAACAGCGACAACAGGGUGGGUACUUAUGAUACGGGCAAGACACUUGAGCGACACAGAUGGCUUUCAGUGAUUUAAAGCGUCUUCAAAAACCUGUAAGAAUUGCAGAUGCUGGCAUAUGUCUGUGCAGUUUUGUAGAUCAGACAUAGUCCGGUAUCAAGAAAGUAUCUCUAAAAUCCGCUUACAUGCUUGAUGACAUUGAGCUCUACGAUUUUUUAAGCUCACAAGUGAUCCUAAGGCCUUUACUGCAGUCCUGAUAAUAAGGAGCUGCUUGAAGCCAAGAAGGUACGGUAUGCCACCUAAGGGAUGAAAGGUGUCGAAUUUACGAGUGAUUGCUAAUUAGUUGCAGCCAUCACCAAUGCAUGGAUUUAAUAUCGACAGUAAUAAGGGGCUUAUUUAAUAGAACCGAAAAUACAAUUGAAAUAUUAUAGGCAAUACUGCAAUGUGUAGUAAUACGAAUUUUCUUCGCAAAGCGGAAACUUCCGAGAACGUCAUAAAUGGUUGCAGUUUAGUAAAUUUAAUUUUGAAAGGAACUGUUAAAAGACGGACAGCACAAAAAGAAUAAUGUUUGAACAUGGUCUUUCAGUGCACUUCACAUUAAAAUAUCCUUUACGAAUUAGUGUAUUAUCAGGUACGACAGUUUCCCAACGGCCUCCAUUCGGAGUAUAAAUUCCGAAUUGAUCUCCUGCGAAUUCGCUGUAUUUUCCACGCUUUUUAAUUGAUUAAGGUACAGCUCAAUAAGGCAGACAGGACUCUGCUCGAUUUCGCCGACAAGGACGCCAUAGGAAUAAGAGUUUUAUAAGGUCACAUAUUGCCAGGUCGGUCGCUGACUAAUAGAUUAAAGUAGGUUUGACAGAUUUAAUAGUAAACAAAUCUUUAGGUGUAUAUAAAGAGACAAUCAGUUCUGUAAAACUAGCUUCCUAUUUUCGUUUUUCUGGAUUACGUCGAAUUUCAAUUUUGCCUUGGUACAUCGUUAAAUACUUCAUGCUUUACAGUGUUUUUAAUCGAUCGUCCGUAAAGACAGAUUCUGUCGUCGAUGAAACUUCCAGAGAGACAAAUUUAAAAUUGACGCAACUGGGUUUAAAUUAAAGGAAUGACAACUCGCUUUUUUCCUCCUCCUUUUAGACGUCAUUGAAGCGCGAUCAGCUCACCGUUGGUGUAAGCUUAUCCGUGUUAUUUUCAACGGGACAAAUAAGACAAUAUCUUGACCUGUAUUUAUGUCCGCGACAGACUGAAGACUACAUAUUUAGACAUACAACAGGUUUACGUUGACACCUAAUUGAGAUGAGUAAAUAGGUUUUAUUUAACCUAUUGUACUUACUUAAUUCACUAUUAUUUAGAAAGUCGCCAGGGAAUCUUAGGUGUAUUUGCCUUAAUUUUUGAGACAUAACAUUGGCUCUUGACGAAGCAGGUAGUGCAAGUGCAGAAAGCAUGUUUGAAGUUUUAGCACAUUUACCCCUAGCACGUAUUUAAGUCCGUCAAUAUUGUUUCCAUCACAGCCAGUUCGUGACUAUAAUAUUUAAUGCCUCACUGCUGAUACGAGUUGGCUUCUGCUCACAUUCAAUAAGUGCGUCUCUUAUGGUAAAUGAGUAAUACUGUCAAAUGAAGUCAAACCUCCCGGUUAAAAUAAGUGGUUCUUCAUGGACUGAUUAGUGUGCACACAAGCAAAGUCAUCUAUUGUGCGUAGGUUCAAUUAUUAAGGCUCAUAGUAUUAAAUUAUGCUCUAUUGACUGCCGGUUGCAAAUAAUCACCCACGGUAAGUACCUGCUCACCAUCUACCGCUGGUUUUUUCAUGAACAAACCUAAACAUAUGUUUGACAUAUUUUCGAACGAAAAGUCGAAAUCCAUUGUCAGUCAGAGUGUGCUUGUCGUAUGAACAAUUGACCAUUGACCUUAACACACUGCCUUUCGUCAGUCCUCUCGCUUGAGUAAGACUAAUUCACACUUGUAAGUGCUCCAUUAAACCUCACCUCACUGGAGGUCAUAAGAUUAAGACCCGUCAUUUAAUUAAGAACACAGAAGUAAGUGUCCCGAUAAAAAAACAUGCCUGCACAUUUUUAAUGUUCCACGCUGGAUACUACACUAACCGGUAUAUAAAGUAAUCUGAUGCCUUCAAAAUGCAGUAUUCGCUCACAGAAACUGGUUGCAUAAAAGCAGAAUGGUUUAUCUUAUCACGCACAGACGACCGUUUAACCGCUCCACUGUAAUUGCAAAUGUUAAAAUCAGGAGCGGUAGAAAAUGGUUGAAUAAACAGAUGACUGAGAAAUACAGCUCAAAGUAAGCAAGCCACAUCUGUGCAACCUGCAAACUCCAAACCUCAAAGCAAUGAUGGCGCAAUCAAAUUGUUUUGGCAUGAAAGUCGACACGCAAUAGCGAAUUUAGCAGAAAAAAAUAGUGGUCCAAUUUGUGAUUAAAAUCGGAAAAGUUCAGAAAGGGGAACGUAAAAAUAGAGUAAUGUGGUUUGCAAUAGCAGAACAAACGGCAAAUGAAAAGUACCAAUCGGAGCACACUGGGACACAUGGAAAAAAUGUCAAUUAAGUACAAAGAUAAGUUAGUCAGGCCGAAAAGAUGGGUUCCAUGCGGAUAUUUUUAGUUAAUGCCAGGAUUGACACAAACGACUUCAGUAAAUCUAUUUACUUCAGAAUAUUACGAAAUGAACUUUUUAAAGACCACAAAGACGGAAAAACGCAUAACAGAAAAGGGGACGAAUGAGUCAAAGAGAAUGAAAACAGAAAAAAUAAAAGUAAAUGAGCAUAAAAUUUUGCAGGGAUUAAUGCGCAUGGAUGCACACAUUGCAAUAAAAACAAAUACAAUAUGUGAAGCAGUAAAAUAUGAAAAAAAGUGCAAAGCUAACGAGCAGUUAGCAUAUUAAAACCGGGAAGCAGAGAAAUAGAACAAAUAUUUCCAUUUCUAUGUUACAGCUACCUUGCCGCCGCAUACCGAAACACCUCCACCAGGAACAGAACCAAUGAAAAGUAAGCAAAGACAACGAAGAUAAUUAUUAAAAAUAGGAGGUAAAAGGAAACAACGGCAAAAUCAUGACAUAACAAGGAAUGGAAAAAAUGGCAUAGGCUAGGGAAAAACUGAAGGAAGAAAGUAGACGGAGGACAAAUGAGCAAGAAGAAGAAACGAUGCAAAUUGCUGAAUCUCUGUGAGAAAAUAAGAUAAAAUACAUAAAAGUAUUAAAGACUGUAGACCGAGGAAAGGGCAAAAGGCAGAGGCAAUGCAAAUUGCAGAAUAUUUAAGAGUAGUCAGCAAAUGAGAGAACACAUCCAUAUGGGCUUAGUGAUCUGACGGUAUCAGUCACAUGCAAUAUAAUAUAUAUUAUUAUAAUAUAUCAUUUGUAUUAUUAUUAUUAUGAGAAUGGAGGUGUGGACGGCAAUUACAUUAGGGUCUGUGAGAUUUGUGUGUAGCACAGCACGUUGGGAGGCAGACAGCAAUCCCCAUGAUCGUCUCCCUGCAUUCUGCUUGCAGAAAGCGUAACCGAGGUUAAAGGCGAAUCUUCGUGGACCCCAAAGCCAUCUUCGCCUAGUAAGCGUAUUUUCCUACGCCAUUCCUCUCUCGCUAUUCGCUAUGAUCUGCAAACAGGCAGGACUUCGUAGUUGUUUUCAAAUGCCCCUUUUGGAUUUGUUUUAACGCACUCUUCUUAAGCCUCUUAUUACUCUAGUUCGUUGCUAUUUAUUGCGCUACACCAAUUCAUUCGAUUUCCGCAAUUUUAUUUCCUGUGUUAUCUUAUGCAGGACUCUACGAUGGCGUCCUCACCAUUUGACACACUUGCUGCACUACUUGUCUUACUUCCUCUCCUCGUCUUUUGCAUUCUCCGUAGGCCAUUCUGGCGAAAUCCUUUCGACCAUCACGACAACUCCACCUCCAGGAAAAUUUCCUGGUGAGCACAUUCUCGUCAUUGCGUCAUGUCUCGCUAUACUCAAUCCACUCCACCAAUCCGAAAUAACUGAGCCCAUCUACUGCAUACCGUGCGCCAAGUACACUUGUGUUUAUAUUGACCAUACAGGCCGACUCGCAUUAGCGAGCAGAUGUUAUCCCUCCUCAGUCGCGAGCCCCCCUUGUGUCUCGUGUUUGCUCACGCCCUUUAGUAUGACCAACGUUUCAAUUGCAGCGGUGCUGAAGUGAUGGCAGUGGGUAACACCAGUUAGGCUCGAGAAUUCCUCGAAGCAUGACAUUCUGGCACAACCAGCAGCAACCGGCACGUCCUUCUAGACUCUCAAUACGAGGGACUACGUAUACGAUCAUUGACUUGUUCCCACACCCUAACAACCGUUAACGAACAUCUGACCACGCACAGUUACAGUAGAUGUGCUAACUCAUGAAAUAUCAACUGAAAUUCUGGAAUGCGGUUUAAUUAAGUAGUGUUGUAAAACCACUCAAUAUGCAACAUAAUUCUAUGAUAAUUAAAUCACCUAAGGUUGCCUGCCUUCGAAAGAACUCCUUUUCUGUUGCAUGAAAAGUCUAUACUGUGUAAGAAAGAACGGCUUGAGUAGCAUGCAUUUUCUCAUCGAUUUUAGAAGCCCUUAGACAUUCUAUUAUAUUUCAUAGAACACAUGCAUAAAAAUAUUCAUACUUUUGCUCAUUCAGUUAAAUAUUACGUCUUCUUCCAAUCUCAUUUUUGGAGAAUAGCUAUAAUUCGGUUUUCAACACGUUUCGAAUUCGCGGAUAAUUUUGAACCCGAUCUGCAGUUAUAUUUACUUCCAGGGUUGCCAAACUACAAGCCGUAUAUCUUCCGUGUGCGGAAAACCAUGCAUAUCUCUACGGUAUUAAGAGGAGACUAUAUGGAGUUCAUAUAAUUUAGCAGUAGAUUUGAGCCAAAUUGUUAACUGUACAAGCCACACUGGUAAAUGUAAAGGCGUGAAGUUUUAUGAAAAGGCAUAUCACGGCCGAAUUGGGCCCUCCCUUCGAGUAUACCAUUGGAAGAAGACGUGAUUUCUACCGAAUGAGCAAAAUAAUGAAUACGUUUUAUGUAUGUCUUCCAAGACUUACAAUUGAAUUUUUAAGGGCAUCGAAAAUCGAUAAGAAAAUGCGUGCUAAGCAAGAAGUCAUUUUUUACAAAGUUUACUUUUUGCAUGCAUCCCGGAAGGAGUUCGUUCGAAAGCCGGCAUCCUGAGGUACUUGGACAAUUAUAGAAAUAUGCUGAAUAAUGAUUAUUUCAAGGCCAGUUCUCCGAGAUGCCGGAAACUCUUGAAUCAUGUAAGCAAUGGCCCUGUCAUUACGGCGAAAUUGCUAAGUAUGCAUAUGCGCCAAACGAAGCGCAGAGAACAUGAAGCAGGCAGUUAAUAUACUUGUCGGAGUACGGAAUGUUAGCUUGCUUUUUUUGCAGCUGGAAGAAUGCCCCGGUUAUUUUGAAUUUCCUCAGGUGUUUUCUUUCUUCAGACUGACACGCACGCGUGUGGAUAUAUUUAUUUUUUGCUCUAUGUGUGAACUUUUCUAUCAAUCAGUUUGUGUCCUGUGAUUGCAUUUUUCGUGUGCAAUUCAUUAUUUCCUUCUGCUUAUUUUUUUCAGUUACUAUUUUUAGCAUUAACCCUUCCUUUUUCUUUAUUUUUACUACAUUUUAGUUUACUUCACUAUGUAUUUGAUUCUAUAUUCUCGCUAUUCCAGUACUUUAAUUAUCCUCUUUAACCUUCUACAUUCAAAUUCAACCGUCAUUUAAACUUGUUGCUGAAUACGGCGAAUAUGCGUCUUGGAAUUUUGUAGCUGUAGCCUGAUAACGCCCAAUCUUAGAGGACAACGAUACAGCGAAUCAUCAAUCAUCCCAUUAGCGGGUGAUAUGUGCAAAUAUUUGAUUUGGUAUAACAGUACUAUUCUGUCGAUUUAAGCGGUAUUCUUCAAGGAAAUAUACACGAAGUCUUUGUCUUAAUAUCCCUGCGACGUCCGCCAUUAUCACUUCCUCUGGAAACUCGUUUCGGGCACUGGCGAUUCGCUGUGAAAACGCGAACAUCCAUGUGGGAUCUGGUUCCCUGAUGUUUAAGAAAGUUCCAGCUCAGGUUUGCUUUUGAAGUCAAGGUGGAGAAAUCAAUGUAGCGAAUGGCACAGUCUCGAUUCCUUACGAUCCGUUAGGUCUGCUUGAGAUCUCCUCGGAUCUGCCUGUACUCAAGAGGAAAUAGCUUAUGCUCAUCAAGUCUACAGCGGGAAGAUAAAGUCCUGAGGCCUUUCACAAUUUUGGUCGCUCUCCUCUGAACUCGUUCCGGCAACUAAUAGUCUUUUUCAGCCAGAGUCGCCAUGCUUGGAUUCCAUAUUCCAAUUUUUGAAUGAACAAAUGCUCCAUACACUUUUCCAAAUAGCUCUUUGAGCAUUAAAGUCAUUUGAAUAGCGAAGAGGACAGCAUUUGCCCUGUCAGCCCGCCUUCUUCUGCGGUUCUUUGUGGCCCUGCUUUUUUUUACCUUCCCCGCGUUUUGCUUUAUUCUUUGUAGUUUUUUCGGCUUUUUUGUCGUGUUUUUCAUGCCUUUUCUCCUCCUUUCCUAUUUUUCAGACGAGCGUGCUUAUUGGGUACGUAUCCGUGUUGACGUUACUUAAUUCUUGCCUUUUGUUGUUUUUCCCCGAAUUUUAUUCUGACUAUCAUGUUUUAGUUGGAGGAAGUGUGGUAUUACCUCAAGAGGAUCUCCUCGGUAUGUUACUGCGCUUCCUUAACGAUAUUCUUUUCCUCAUCAGCGCUUACUUAAGCGACCAUCCUGGUAGCCGACUUCGAAAGCCAACGUCCUGAGUUAACUAAAGUACUAUAGAAUUAUUCUGCACAAUGAUCGGUUUAACAACGAAACCGCAUUUAGGAAUUUUGGUUGAUAUUUCAUGAUUAAGUCCAUCUACUGUAUUGCUAACAGGUUUAUUGUCUACUGGGAGAACAAUCUGCGGUCCCAGAAAUUACGGUGGUCCAGAUCAAAAACGUUUUUGGCUUGAAGGCAUUCGUGCGACGGGUGUUUUUAUUCUUGACUUCGUUUCUUGGAAUCUGGACACAGCAUCAGACAAGGCCGCAUAGAUAAACAGAUGCUCACCGCCAGAUGAAGAAUUUACUCGCUACACGGCGGAUUGCAGAGUCAGCAUCUCGAAAUGACACCAGACAGGGAAUGCCAUCACUACGGGAAAUGAUUUCGGUGAAUACUGUACGCAGAACUUGUGGAGGUUGUUCUGACCGAUGAAAGCGAGUAAAAGUUCAUGUUACUAAGGGCUAUUUUGCGAAAUGGCCAUAGGCCUGCGGAAAUUACUCUAGAUUGCAUUUCGGUUGGCAGAAAUGAAAUUACUAUAUUUAACUGUAAGUAAUUCAGGAAGAGAUAAAAUGACCCCAAGUGAACUGUUGAGCCCACAGCGGUCAAAAUGUUGCAAAGUAGUGGGGACAUUGAACGUGUGACAGUUUAGAAACUUGAAUGACAACCUGGAGUUCCUUUUGUAAUCGGCGAAGCCACAAAGCACCUAGAUCUGGGAGUCCACAACGUUCUCGAUGUGUCGCAAUGGGGCGUGCCGCGAUCAAAGUACUUCUGGUAACAAAAGGCUGGACAAGUUCCACUUUCUGUCGCUCACCAGUGCGCAGAAGGCUAAAUAAAAACGUAUAGCAUUCUAGAUCAGGCGGGUGCCAAGAUAGCUAGUUUCAAAUUUCCAUGGGGGAAAUCCAGGCGUUUUGUCUGCCUUGAGGCCAGUCAGGCAGGAAAACUGAAAGACUGGGGCUCCUGGAGUUUUGCAUUCGUAGAUCCUCAACAGUUCCGUUCACAUUAAUGUCGUCUCCAUCAGUGCACACUUGGGGCUGAUGAUGACUGUUCAGGCGGCGAAACCAUUGUUUGCAGAUUGUGCAACAUGAUUACCAAAAGGGAGGCUGGCAGGCGUCACAAGACCGAGCUUUGCGGAUCUCAUGUUGAGUGAGACGUUACCUCAUCUUAGAUUAAGGCCUCUAAGAUUUUCGAAAUUGCUGGGGGGGAAGUUUACUGGCCGAAAGUCGUCAGCUGACGUAGACUGGCCGUGCUUGGGAAUAUGUACAAGGCAUGAGUCCUUGUACAAACUGGAAUAGGUCUCACUUUCGAGAGCGAGAUUAGAUAUCCCGCACAUGUGGGAAGGAAACACCUCACCUGCGUCCGCAUUUAAAUAACUGUUUGCAACACUAUUUGGUCCAAUACUAUGAGCUUCAAGAAAUCAUCCAGUGACUGUGGCGGCGCCUCAGACCGGCGCCGGUCUAUAUUUAUAGGUUAGGAAGUGAAGCGGUCGAAUAGUCAUUAAACGUUUUGGACAGGAAGGCAUUUGAACUGCCAGCGAUCAGUUUGGCGUAUGCGAUAGGCUUUUAGAGUGCUUCUCAAAGUAUGGGAUUUUGUGGUUCCAUACAACUACUCAUUUGUGAGAAAAAAAUUUACGACGUUUGACGAGCAUUUUUCGCCAUAGGUUAUCAUUCCGGCUAGUUAUUUGCUUCUGAUAGCCUCUUAGCCCGCUCGUAAAUGCAACGUAUCAAAGGCAGAACUGAAACUUCGUGUUUCAGAUGAAACCGACGGGGCAGUCUGCGUAACCUAGGACGAAAGUAUAUAGGGGGGGAAGUUUGAUCCGUAGCACUAAUUCUUCUUCUUAUGAUGUAUUGCCAUAGAUUUCAUUUUCCCACUUCGCAAAGUCCACAGUUAGAUGCAAUUGGACUACCCAGUAGAUCACACGCAGACCUAUGAAAAUUUUUCUGAAAGGGCUAUUUACACGCAGAGUCAAAUAUCCUGAUUUUCUUCCUGUCAACUUUUAGAUAAUUCAGAGCUUGGAGGCGCAAUGAUUUUCUGUUUAAAAGAGUGGUAAUCUACAUCUUUUCAUAUUUUUCCUUUAACUUGCGCUUUUACUACCUCGUCGUCUACAUCAUUUACUAUGCUGCGCAUCCGAAUUCUUCUCAUUUCAGUGACUUGGAAUUCUGGCGCGCACGCAACCUCAUUCGUCUGCUUCUCGAAUCUAUUUUCGUGUAA